GGAUUAGGCGCAACAAAAGAUUAACGGCAUAUAAUUUAAUGACUUAAUAAAGAUGAAUCAUAUAGCUAAUAUCAUAAACAGCUAAAGAAAAAUGAAUUUUAUACAAUAUUUAUUUCUUAACGUAAAACGCUAUUUUUAAACGAAUGAAUAAUAAAAACUGAAAGUUCUUUUUUAUACUAUUAUACAUAAAAGUUCGUUUUGCUUACAUUGUAUUAUCGAGCAGUCCAUGUUACUUUUUGAUAAGCCUGAGCAGUCUAUGUUAUACGUGCAUCAUGAUAUCGUAAAAGCGCUUUAAUUAACGUCUUUGUAGAAGACGACUACCGUCGUUAACAGCAGUAAAAUUUUUGUAUCAAAUCGUAAUUGAAGGGCACAGGGGAAAAAGCUGACGUGUCAAAAAUUUCAUAUAUUGAGUUUUUUCCCUUGCUACAUAGAGCCCGACACAAAGUUACAUCCUAUUAUGUUGUCCAACCGAAAAACCAGCAAAGUCUCGAGCGUUUAGCAUUUAAAAUUAUAGCCAUCUGGGGAAAAACCAGACAUGUCCAAAUCGUACAGGGGAAGAAGUAGACAUGUCCCCGCUGAGUCAUGUGGUGUCGAUUCACAUUACUAGGUCAGCCAAUCAGCGUUUAGCUUUGGUAUAACAACAAAGUGCGUGCAAAAUGGCGGAUUGCUUUGACAGACCAGUUGUGACUGUAACGCCUCGAAAGCGAAAAAUUAAUGGAAGGAAAAAAGAUGCGACAAAGAUUAAACGCAUAAAAAAUCAUACAACAGGUGAGGAUUGCAAAUGCAGCCGUCUAAAAUGUUUUGAACAGAUAAGUGAAGCUGCAAGACAAUCACUUAUUGAGGGCUUCAACGCAUACUCAAGCAAAGACAGCCAAGAUGCUUAUCUGUCUACAAUGGUAGUAGUUCUCCCUGUAAAACAACGUAGGUGUAGGGAAGGUGCAGACGAAAAUUCUUAUAAACCUAAAGAGAUGAGUGUUAAGUAUGUCGUAAAGGUAUCAACAGGAACAUCAGUGGAACCAGUGGCAGUGUGUGUGAAAGCCUUUUGCUCGCUCUUCGGCAUCACAAAAAACCGUGUAGAAACAGUCCGCAAAGCAAUGUCAUUAACAGGUCAUGCACCACAAGAUGGAAGAGGAAAGCAUAACAACAGUCCACACAAAUUGACAGAUAAAAUAGUAACAAUGGUGUGUGGCCACAUAUCAUCUUUCCGGGGCAGACACAGUCACUAUGCAAUGGGGGAGACAAGAAAGUUGUACCUUCCAGAUACCUUGAAUGUCGCCAAAAUGCACCAGAUGUUUGUGUCAGUUCAACCUGAAACCAAGAUUAGCUAUGAAUCCUCCAGUACACUGUUUAACACAAAAUUCAACAUUGGAUUUGGUUACCCACGGAAGGAUACUUGUUCCACAUGUGACGAAUUCAUCGUGAAGUUGCAACAUGUGGAUGGUGACAUUGCCGAUGCCGAAAGCAAUGGUAGAGAUGUUGCUGGUCUGAACAGCAAAAAAACUGAACUACUCACGAACCACGAGCUGCACAAUCGCAAGGCCAGCACAUUCUACGCAAGGAAAGCUGCAGCUAAGGAAAGGGCAAGAAAAUGUGACAAGUUUGAAGCCAUCUGCUUUGACUUUGCCAAAAACCUACCAGUGCCAAACAAGUCUACCAAUGACGUUUACUAUCGCAGACAGCUCAGCCUGUAUACGUUUGUAAUCCAUGUAUUAUCAACUGAUGAAGUGUAUAUGUAUACAUAUGAUGAAACAGUAGCAAAAAAGGGUGCUGACGACGUUUGUUCAUUUCUUGCUGACUUCAUCCGCAGCCACAUUUCUGAAGCCGUGGACGAAAUCAGUUUCUUCUGCGAUGGGUGUAGUGGUCAAAAUAAAAACUACACAAUGAUUAGGUUCUUAUACAAUCAAGUACAUGAACGCAAGAGAUUCAAGUUGGUGAAAAUCACCUUUCCGAUAAGAGGCCACUCCUACAUGGAGUGCGAUAGAGAUUUUAGCAACGUCAACAUGACAAAGAAUGUAGACUUGCCAGAGGACUGGUUAGCAGAAUUUGCAACUGCCCGAUCACGUCCAACACCUUUCACGGUCAUCUGUGUUACACAGGACAUGUUCUUCGCCUACACAAAGUACUUUCGACCUUCCUUCAAAGCCGUAUGCCCUAUAAAGACACGCCCAGUCAGGGAGAUCCACAUUUUGGACUCUCGUCCAUUGCUUGUUCUCUACAGGGAUUCCUGGAAUGGUGGGUUUGUGUCUGCUGUAUUAAAAAAAACACGGACUCGGCGUGGGAAGAAGCAGCCACAGAUGUCUGUCCUUACAAAGUUGUAUGAAAAUGGUCCUCUGCCCAUCAGCUCAGAAAAGUAUAAAGACCUUCAAGUAUUGAAAAGGUUUUGCAGCCCUACAAAUCAUCAGUUCUUUGAUGAGCUCCCUCAUAAUGGAUCAGACACUGCUAGAGUGAACCCAGGUCAUGAACUCAGUGAUAUGUCGGAGAAUGAGGAUUGAAUUUUUUAUGUUGAAUCCCUUGUUUCAUUUUUAUUUUGCAACUGUAGCUUGUUUUAUUUUUCCUACUUUGUUCUUGUGUGCUGUUUGUGUAUGUUGUGCAGUUGUCAUAAAAUUAAGCUUUCUGUCAAUUACAAAAAAUGUCUCGCUAUCACUUUGGAAUAAAGUGUACGUGUUCACACCAAAAUCCCAGUACUCGCUAUGAUAACUUUAAUUUAAAGCAGACCGAUCACAAAUGCAUGAAAAUAUGUAUAAGAAUGAUUUAUAUGGCUUCUAAUGUCAUUGUUUAAGCGUCCCAUAGCAUUAUGAGUAUAUCUGGAGAAUAAAGCUUAGCCUAUUUUGGAAUAUUUUGGAUUCAGGGGAAAAAACAGACAUGUCACAAAACCACCUCUUGUGUGAUUUUUUUAGUUUAAAUCCCAACGGUCAUAAAAAAACAUGCAAACUUUAUCAUUUAUAGCAAUGAUAUUGGUUCGGCUUGCUGUAUGCAGAAUCUCAACUUUGUAUUCUGUAUCUUUGAUCAUUGAGGAGUGUUUAAACUUUUAAAAUGGGUUUUCUCAAAACUUGCAAAAUGUGACAUGUCUGCUUUUACCCCUGUGCCCUUCAAUUAGCAAUACAUAUUCAAAAGAUGAUAAUCAUUUUUUAAAUCUCUUGGCCAGAUACAGGUUUUCUAUGACAUGUUUAAAAUUUGCCAACAUUUCUCACGACCUCUUGGCAAGUGGUUUGAUCAAGUCUUUACGAGAGCUCCAUUUUGUCAUAGAAUGUCUAUGCAGUGAAAUUCCUAUCGCUUCAGUAAGAAUCGAAAUUCACUUUCACCAAUUAGUAAGUACAAAGAUUCAACAUUUUCAAAGAAUACUUUGAUCUCAAUGGCUGAUUCAACUGCGUGGACACCAGCCAAAUUCAGACUCUAAGCGCUACAAGGAACGUACAGAGUUUCCAAAUAUAUUUGCCUUAAUAAGCCUUGAGCUCCCUUGUAAGCACCUGACAUAUAGGAUUCAUUAUCGUACCCCUGAUUGCGAUAGUUUUGAAUAUCCAUUCCUAGCUUUGUAAUCGCAUAAAUGAUAAGCUUAGCUAUAUAGACUCCUUUCUUUAUCUCGAAAGCUUCAAAACACAAAAAUUGUUCUUUGAUCUGCCAAUGAUUAGUUUCACUUUCAUUGAUGAGAAAACGAAUUACAAAAUUUAUCUGCUCAGUGUGAGAUAUAUUAGGGGUACCAUCGACUAUAACUGUGAAGUAAAUACCAUCCUGGAUUUCUUUGACAGCUGCGAUUCGGAUGACAACCCCAUAUUCUCUAAUAAACUCAUUUUGAGACGACGGAGAAAAUCAUUCUGUAGCUUUCUUGUUGAUGGAGUCUUACAUUUUCCAAGUGGGAUGCAAUAACGGGGUUUUGGCCUUGUAUUUUUUAAAAA